GCAGGGUGUAAAUUAAUCUUUUCCAAGGCAUUUGGGAUGACACUGACCAAAUGUUGACUUUUUCCGAUUUUAGCAUAGUAUAAUCAAUUACUUUAAAGGGUAUUUGUUUAGGAGAGCAACACACCCUCCACAGAUUAAGUCUCAAAACUAGGGCGUCAUGCAAAUCCAAAAACCAAACCAAACCUUUCCUACCCUCUAUUUAUGCCCUAGAUAGGGGGCCAAGCCCCACUGUACCCCUUCUAUAUGAGCACAUUGUGCCAACUUAUAGAAAAAGGACAUUAAGAACUCUGGCUGCGUGAGGAUGUUGUGGUCUUAGUCUCUGAGCGGUGAUAUGCAGCAGAUAUUUUUGUCAUUUCUCGGUAAAUAUAAGGCAGUGUAAAUGUGUGCCUGUGUUGUUUAUCACUCUAUUUUUUAUGCUGCAUAAGUUGGUCGUGUCCAUUUCCCUCUAUCACUGUGCAUUGCUCUUGCUGACAUAACCCUUUAAAGAGUACUUGGUGUCAUAAGCUCUGACUGACCUUGCCUCACACGUGAACCAAAAUCCUGGCAUUAGGCUUACUUGAGGGGUGACUCUCCCAGGUGUGUGGCUUAUAGCUACUGUCCAAACAAAUAGUCGCGUGCAGCAUCAAAACUGCACAUUACCAUUUUCUGAGGUCUAUAUUUAUCAUUUGUUUUGAUGAAAGAUUUUUUCGUUGAGCAGACAUCAUUUUAUCUCUCCAGGAAACAAGUGAUCUAAACUGGUAGUCACCAUGGGUGCGGCAGCUGCUGUGUUUUUGGUGUUUCUCGGUUGUUGCUCAAAUGUUAUCUUUCUUGAGCUGCUUGUGAAGAAUGAGCCAGGCAGUGGAAACAUCAUCACUUGUGCGCAGUUUGUUUUCAUUGCAAUUGAGGGAUAUAUAUUUACUUCAGAUUUUGGUAGAAAGAAAAAUGUGAUACCAAUUAAAGACUACAUGGUUUUGGUGAUCAUGUUCUUCAUUGUCAAUGUAACAAACAACCUGGCAUUUGGUUUUAAGAUCUCGAUGCCUUUGCAUAUGAUAUUUCGUAGUGGUGGUUUGAUUGCCAAUAUGAUCAUGGCUAUUAUUGUGCUAGGAAGACGCUAUACUUUUUCAAAAUAUUUAUCUGUGGCUAUGAUUACCAUGGGCACUGCAAUCUGCACCUUUGCGUCAGCAGAAAAUCUGAAAGAUACGGAUGAAGGAGAGGAGAUGGCUGAAGGCAUCUCAAGCUUCAUGACAUGGCUGUUGGGCAUCGGCCUCCUCACCUUUGCUCUUUUUCUGUCGGCUCGGAUGGGCAUCUUCCAGGAAGUUCUUUACUCCCAGUACGGGAAGCAUCCAAGAGAAGCUCUUUAUUACAUUCAUAUGUUAUCCCUGCCUGGGUUCCUGCUAACAAGUGGCAGCAUCAUUGAACACGCUAUCAAGUAUAGUUCCUCUGAGCCCUUGCAUGCCCUACAAGAUAUCCCUGUUUUAGACGGCAUCCCAAAGUUAUGGAUUUUCUUAGUGGGGAACAUGCUCACACAAUAUGUGUGUAUUAGCUCAGUUUUUACACUGACAUCAGAAUGCACUUCUUUGACAGUGACAUUGGUCCUGACUCUGCGUAAAUUCCUGUCUCUCAUUUUCUCUAUUAUUUAUUUCAUGAACCCAUUUACUCUGUAUCACUGGAUAGGGGCAUUAUUAGUAUUUAGUGGAACGCUGCUCUUUACAGAUUUCAUUGGAAAGGUCAGGGAAGCAUUUGGAAAAUCCACAGUAAAGGAAGAAUAGUUUCUUAGUCUAAUAAGUAAGAUUUUUUUUUUCUUUCUCUUUUUAUGCAAGUCCUUGCUCAUGGGACGUUGCAUGUUACUGACCAGUGAAGGAAAAACAGUUUUCCUCUUUUCAUUAUCAUAUUCAUCCCUAAUGAUCAUUAUUUAUUUGGUUCUACGUAAUCACCAUUGUUAUUUUUUCCUUUAUAAUACUGACUUGCUUUGUAGAAUAGUAACAUAUUAAUCAUGUGACAGGUUUGCUCUCACAGCAAAUAGUGAUGUCAAAGGAGUAGGAAAUGUGGUAGUUCACAUAUAAAGAUUUAUUAGAUGUAGAAGUGAAGUGCCUAUUGUUAUUCUUGUUGUAUUAUUUCCUAUCUUUAUGUAAGAUAUAGGUUUUGAAAGGGAUAAAAGACAUAGGAUAUUACGAGUUGUGUAAUAAACUGGUUCAGGAUAUUUUGGAGGUUGUAAUAUAAGAAAGUUAGUUGACUUGAUUUUUGUCUAGUUUGCUGCAUCCUGCAUGUUUUGCAAUUUAGAGAGCAGUCACAGCACAGAUGUUAAGGUUGAUUAUCAUUUUUUUGUUAAUAGACUAUAUGCUUUUUAUAUUUGAAAUAGUAUUAUUAGCAUUUCGUUAAAGUAAUAUCUGUUGUUAUUCACAAAAAUAUAGUACUGGUAUAUAUUUUCAUUAAAUGAAAGUACAUUUAUUUAGCAUUAGCUGUUAGAAAAAAGGCCCUCAGAUCUUCUGUAAGCUCUUGAGAUCCAUUCAGAUUGUGAAGUCUGGGUCUUUCUAGAUGAAUAGCAAGAAUAACACAUUCAGUUCAAUCUUCAGGUUACUGAGAUGAAUAUUUAAUGGUAGACUAUCUCUUAGUUCUGUAUGUUUUUUAUAUAUUAUUUAAGUAAAGAUCAAGGAUUCUGAUCUCAUAUGGGUUCAGAUAAACCAAAGGCUUAAAUGCUGUACAGUCAUCUUCUCAUUUCUUUGGUAUUUUGUGUUUAAUAACGAAGAGUUAUAAUAGUUCUACAGUUAAAGUAUAACGUUCAUAUGACGUCAUCCAGAUGCAUCUAAAGAGAGAGGACUAAACAAAGUUUGCUGCAUUAAUUUAUAAAUUAAAUUGAUUAAAGAUCAUUGUUGAGAAGAUGUUAAAAUUUACCUGAAAUUCACCUGUAUCUCUUUCAUUUGGAGUCGAUUCAGUAUUUAUUAAAACUGGACCAAUAUUCUUAAGUUAGAAUAGCUCCUGAUGCUGAUCAUAUUGUCAGAUCAUAUGAUGUUAGGUCAUUAAGAAAUAGUAAUUAAGCUGUUGCAUUUACUUACUGGACUUCCUGACUUGUUAAAUCUAAAUCCUUUACAGUUAAGGUUGUGUGUAGUGUUGAAUUAACUUGGUAUUACCACUACUUUGUCUUCCUCUUUUACUUUUCUUGUUAUUCUUCCUUAAUGUUUUUUGUAGUACAUCUGACAUUAAAAUAAUUUAGAAUAUUUUGUGGGAUAGGAAUAUGUGAUUAUGGAGCUUCCACUUGUUCUGUAGUUUCAUACCAGUUGAUAUUGAUAUAUGAAAUAGCAGUAGCCUAUAGUGAUGUUAGACAGAUUAUACUAUAUAGAUAUUAAUCAUUCAUUCAUUUAUUUAGAAUUACAGUUAUUUUUUUAUUUGUAAAAGCAUUUUACAGGUAUUUUGAUGGUUACCAGUUCCUCUCAUGCCUUCAUUUGAGGUGCUGUUCACUUGCAUGUGCAGAUCCAACACUUUCUUGAUGGCUUGAGUGUACAAGUAUGUACCAUCUUCCAGUGCUGUUGACAUUGGAAGCUUCUGAUGUUUUUACAUUUACCUCACACUUACUAUACAAUGAUAUAAUUUAUUUUUUGAGGAUAAGUGCAAUUUUUUGCAUUUGUGUAAUAGUUAGAUAAUACUCUGAAUUGCGUUACUGUUGUAAAAAAACAAACAAACAAACAUAUAGGUGAAAUAGUUUCAAAAAUGAACAUAACCUGUAUUUGUUAUAUGAUUCUGCCAAAGUAUUCAUCUCUUAUUUUAUGUGUUGUAUCCAUUUUGGCACUUUGAUGUAUAAUUCAGAUUUAAGAGGUAUUAUUAUUGUAUCUGUGAUUCUUGAAAGCUUGAUAUCUAUGAGAAAUAAUCCACGACUUUGCUAAUGAUAAAGUAGCCCAUUAUGUCGUGCUGACCUGUAUGUUUAAUAGACAGUAUCACAAUACAAGUACUUAUUAUCUCUGAUUUCCAAUUUGAAACACUGCCUAGGUAGAUGGAGUCCCUUGUCAUGUGUUUAGGGCUUCAAUACUACAUGAAUUUUGUAGAUCCUUUUACAUUAUCUUCUACCUUACAGUUAUACAUGUUUUUAGUUAUGUAAUACACAGACAGGCAUAUACAUAAUAUAUCAUCCAUUUUUAACUUUUACUCACUUUAAGGAUUUUAGUGUCAGUAGAGCUAUGGUAGCAUUUACAGUACUGCCUUAACUGGAACUUGUGUAAAAGUGAAGUUGUGAUGAUUAUGACUGAAUGAAGAGAGUUGUGUUGUUUAAUGUUGACCACACUGAGUUUGGCAUUAGAAAAAAAAAAUCUCUCUUUUUUUGUUGUAUUUAGUUGUUCAAGAGUUAAUAAGGGACCUUCCAUACUUGAUGCUAGUCAAGAGGAAUAGAAAAAUGAAUGAAAAGGGAAAAAGUUUGGUAUAUUAGUUAUUUUUUUUACCAUAUUUUUUCAAUAUUAUUUAUUUUGAUAUAAUAAUUUGUUUGUUGUUUUGUAUUCAGUUUAGUUAUACUUGUAACUAGUGCAGUCUCUGUAUUACCAAUUUUUAUUGUGACAUCUAAAUAUGGUACCUGAGGGCUCAUAUAUAUAUAUAUAUAUAUAUAUAUAUAUAUAUAUAUAUAUAUAUAUAUAUAUAUAUAUAUAUAUAUAUAUAUAUAUAUAAUGAAUAGUCGUAUUUAGUUCAUAAUUGGCAGUUGUACUCAUUACAGGGUAUUGAACAGAGAGGACAAUCACCCAUGUCAGUAAAGGGGGAAAGCAUGCAACUGAGGACUUUUGAAAAUGUACUUAAUUUUCAUAUGUAUAACGGUAACAAGGUUUGGCCAGAUUAAAUGUAUGUUAUUUUGCUAUCAGUAGGUUAACAUAAAUAUGUUAUGGCAAAAAAAGGCAUUGCUUCUUUUUGAUCAUAACUCAUAAGUUGCAUCUGUAAUACAGCAAGAAGUGGAUACAAUAAAUAGGACUUAUUAUUCAUAAAUGUCUUAUAAAGGAAAAAGCACCUUGAGUUAUUGGUAUAUAUAAGUUAUAUGAAGCUAUAUUAUAUAAAGAUUCAAGCACAUAGAACUUGAAGAAAAUCAAAUUUCUCGAGAUUAUUUUAAUGGAUAAAAAUUAGCCUCAUCUAUUUUUGAAAAAAAAGAAUAUAUAUAUAUACUAAUAAAAUUACUGGAUAGUUUAUGGGUAGAACAUUAAGCCUUUUUAUAAGCUGAUUGGGAGAAUCGGCUGAGGAUGAUUGAUAUACAAGAUUUGGACUUUCAUUUUUUGUAAGAGAAUGUUAAGCAGAAUAGUGGAACAUACAGUUGUAUCAUCUAGUUGUAUUCAGACAGUCAUGCCCUAAUGAAUAAAGAAAAAAAUAUA